GAUGGAGGGCCUAGAGCAUCCUGCCUCGGCUCAUGUUCCAGCUCUGCUAUCCACCAGCUGGGAGCCCAGGGCAAAGCCCCUUGCCUCUCUGGCCCGCAGAUACCUCUUCUGGACAGUUGCUGUGGACAGCAGAAAAAUGUCCUGAAAGAUCCUGGUCUAUGCCAUCUGUGGGCAAUGAUUACUCAUGGCUGCUAAAACUCAUCCUCUCUUGCCAAUCAACUUUCUCUCUGGAGUUUCUUUGUUUUUCAGAUUCCUGCCUAGGAGGCAUCCGCUGGCUGAUGUCGGUGGGACAUCCCAAAGUGCUUCUGUUCUACUGGGCCACACACAGUGCCAGGUCCAGAGAACCAUGCUACCGCUACAAGUAUUGUGGACACUGUCCCCACCUCACAGGCCUCACACCAAUUGGAAAGGAGCUGAAACUAUUCCAAGGAGAGAACAGUGUCAUGUAUCCUGGUCACUCUCCCCAGUGCCUAAUACCACCCUAUUAUGACACCCACUUAGCUGGGGAAAGCAGGAUUUUGAAGGAGUUGCUGAGGACUCCAGAGCUCUGGAUUCCCAAGUCCUACAAAGCCAGGAAAGGACAGACUGCAGAACAACAGCUUGUCCCCAGUUCCCAGCCCCAGGCAGCAGUAGACUUGGAGGUGUACCUGAGUACCCAUGCUGUGACACCCCUCCCACGCUGCAUUUUAAAAGCUCACUGGGUAGAGACCGGCCGGAGGAAGGAAAGUCAGGAUCCCACUACUUCCUUAACUUUUCCCAGGUCCCACAGGUCUGCAGACUCCUUGCUGACUGAGGAAGAGAUGCAGGCGAGACAAGUGUCCACAGCAGACAUGACUCCUUCACUCCAUUGGGAACACGUUCCAUUGGGGAGCACCAUGAGUGUCUCCUGCAUGGACGUCUUUUCCCUAAGCCCCAUGCCACUGUCUCUACAGCAGUGACCAGAGUUCCUGGUCCUCCCUUUUGGUGUGCUAUACUAGUGACCCCUGGGGAAAUGAACUGGUGGUUUGUGCCAACCAAGUAUUGAAACUAUUAUUCUGAACAAUUGGACACUGCCCACCUCCACCAGGAUAGUCUCCAGUCAGCUAGGGUUCUGGAACCUCAAGCAGCAGGAGCCAGUUCAGCCUCUCUUAGAAAAGAGAUACCUGGGCUGGAGAGAUGGCUCAGUGGUUAAGAGCACUGGCUGCUCUUGAAGAGGAUCUGGGUUCG